UAACUGGGACCACGUUAAAUAGUUUCGAUCUCACUUUUGUGUUUAUUUACUAACGACCUGUCACGGAAACAAAGUUAAUUGAAUCAUGUCAUCGUAAUACAGUAAUAAGUAGUGAUAUAAUAUUAAAAAUUAAAGUCAAUGGCUUCUUCCAACGAAGCCAAAUCGCAGUCUAACUGCUACAAUAUUUGCACUCAGUCGCAAUUACCAUGGGGUGUACGUAAAGAAAGACAGACUUUUCCAUCAGGUAUAAAUAUUGACAUUGAAGUGAAACCUGGUGAGUUUAUUUUACGAACUUUAUUUGCUGAAUUCACGGUGCAAGCAGAGCGAAAAAUAGAUCUUGUUUUAGCUGAAUCUUUGGAACGACCUUUAUCGAAAUCUUUACAAAGGGGCGAAGACCCACUUUUCGACCAACUUUUAAGUGCUUUCGGAUCAGUUGCUGAGCAUUGCCUACCAUCGCUGUUACGCACUCUUUUUGCGUGGUAUGAAAGACAAGGUGUUGAUUCUCCUACAUCUCUUGAACUAAGAAUAAGAGCUGAUUCUUCAAAGGGCAAAAAUGAAACCCAAGAAAAAACCGAGAAAGAUUAUCUUCAUGAAAGAAGAGACCUUGCUGUUGAAUUUAUAUUUUGUUUGGUGCUGAUUGAGGUUUUAAAGCAGCUAUCUGUCCACCCUGGGCAUGAUGAUUUGGUCAAUUAUAUUGAAAACCUAGCCUUCAAACAUUUCAGAUUUAGAGAAGGAGCUCAGUCUGGACCAAAUGUUCAGAAUGCAAAUAUUAUAGCCGAUCUUUAUGCUGAAGUGAUAGGAGUGCUAGCUCAGUCCCGUUUCCAGUCAGUUAGAAAGCGUUUUGUGGCUGAACUGAAAGAGCUGCGGAGUAAAGAGCCGAGUCCCAUUGUCACACACAGUAUUAUUAGUUUGCUAAUGGGAAUGAAGUUUUUCAGGGUUAAGAUGGUACCAAUUGAAGAAUUUGAAGCAUCCUUCCAAUUCAUGCAAGAAUGUGCAACAUAUUUUCUUGAAGUAAAGGAUAAAGAUAUCAAGCAUGCUUUGGCAGGUUUAUUUGUUGAGAUUUUAGUGCCCGUUGCUGCAACUGUCAAGAAUGAAGUUAAUGUACCAUGUUUAAAAACUUUUGUUGAGAUGCUCUAUUCACAUACUUUAGAUUUAUGCACGAAGAAGAAACAUAGUUUGGCUCUUUUUCCUUUGGUUACUUGUUUGCUAUGUGUUAGCCAAAAGCUAUUUUUCCUUCAAAAUUGGCAUUACUUUCUAGCCAUGUGUUUAUCUCAUCUAAAAAACAGAGAUCCAAAAAUGUGCAGAGUUGCUUUAGAAUCUUUAUACCGUUUGCUGUGGGUUUAUAUGAUACGAAUAAAAUGUGAGAGCAACACUGCAACACAGAGUCGGUUACAAAGUAUCGUUAAUUCUUUAUUUCCCAAAGGCUCAAAAGCUGUAGUGCCCAGGGAUACACCAUUGAAUAUAUUUGUUAAAAUCAUUCAGUUCAUUGCCCAAGAAAGAUUGGACUUCGCAAUGAAGGAAAUAGUAUUUGAUCUUCUCUCUGUGGGUAGACCAAUCAAGAUAAUACUGACUCCUGAACGUAUGAGUAUUGCUCUUCGUGCUUUCUUAGUAGUUGCUGAUAGCUUGCAGCAAAAAGAAGGUGAGCCUCCUAUGCCUAGAACUGUUGGUGUUUUACCAUCUGGAAAUACUCUUAGAGUAAAGAAGACUUUCCUAAACAAAAUGCUUACUGAUGAGACAGCUAGAACCAUUGGAAUGUCUCAUUACCAUCCUUAUGUGAGAAAAGUAUUUGACGAUAUCUUAAAAGCACUUGAUGUUCAGUUUGGGAGACCUCUAAUGAUGACAACUGUUCAAAACAUUAACAAAGAGCCUGAUGAUAUGAUUACAGGCGAAAGAAAACCAAAAAUUGAUCUUUUCCGUACUUGUGUUGCAGCUGUUCCAAGAUUGAUACCCGAUGGUAUGAGCCGCCACGACUUAGUUGAUUUACUUUCUCGAUUAACGGUUCACAUGGACGAGGAGCUUCGAGCUCUAGCGUUUCAGUCGCUUCAAAAUAUGACUCUAGAUUUCCCAGACUGGAGAGAAGAUGUCAUUUACGGUUUUGUUCAGUUUGUGUUACGUGAAGUUAAUGAUACAUUUCCCCAACUGUUAGACAAUGCUCUUCGUAUGCUUCUUCAGUUUCUCACCAAUUGGAAAAAUGCAUUGACUUGUCACUCUCAAAAUUCACUUAAAAAAACAGCCCACGAACAAAAUAAAUUAGAUCACUUGUGUACAGUCUUGCACUUGGUUGAAGCAGUGGCUUUGGUUAUGCUUUGCCAUUGCAGGCUUCCACCACGCCGACUUUCCGUUCACAUCUUAAAAGAAACUAAAGCACUGCUUAAAAUAUUAGUUCCAACCUGUGAAGAAGAAAGCGUAGCAGAAACAAUUGAUCAGUGUUGUCCUUUUGUUGCAGAAAAAUGUCUCCCACUCUUACCUCCCGCUGAAAAGGCAGCUUUACUAUCAGCAUCUCACAUUGAUCUUCAAUGGUUGACCGAGAGAAAUAGUUCAGCCUGGACAUCUGGCCUUCAUGAUACCACUGAAGGCUCAAAUAAAAUUUCUAGUAAUUUAGAAAUUUCAGAAAGUUCAAGUUUAGAUCCAUGGUGUGUUUGUCUUCUUGGUUUCAUUGAUAACAGUAGUUUACUGAAAAACUGUUCAACAGCAAUAGCUCAUUCAUGGCCUAUUAUUUAUUCAAGAAUAACUACUCUUUUCUCUUACUUGGAUCUUAAUCCUGUCAGUGAUAACAGAGCCUCAUUGUUAAGACCUACAGUGGUGAAAAAGGCUCUUAAUGAAAGAGAGCUUCAUUUAACAUUGUGGCGAAAUUAUCUCAUGUUCGCCUGUAGAAUCGCACCACCAAAUUGUAUUCAUUCACUCCGUUUCAUUACUCCAGAGUUGAGUCUCAGCUCUUCUCCAGAUAGCAUAAGUUCCGAAAGGUCUGAUAGCAGAUCUCCAAGUAAUACCAGUGUGCAUGUUUCAAGCCUUUUCAAACAGAUUACACCACUCCUUAGAAGUGAGCAAGCUGAUAUGAGAGAUUCAAUUGUAUUUGGUUUGUCUAAAGUGAACCAUUUAGCUGUAAAAGAUUUAAUGGAAGAAUUGGUCAUUUACAUAAGAGAAGCAAUCGAUCGCAAGCAAGAAAAUGUUAGACGCCGAAGGCGUCGAGAUGUUCUCCGAGUGCAACUUGCUAGGGUAUUGGAGCUGAUUGCUGAACAAGGAACGUUUGGGAUUAGCAACAGUGUUCUAGACAGAGAUGCAUCCUCCUUAAACACUACCUUUGUUGAAUACAUUGAUGGAGCAAGGCUUUAUUUAGAAACUGAAAAUGAUAAGGAUGUCCCUAGUAUAGUUCAAGAAAUUAAGCAACAUUUUUGUGGCUUUAUACAUAAGUUGAUUAAAAGUUUUUCACUGGAAAAUCGUAAUAAUCUUUUAGGGUGCGAUUUAAGAAGAAAUUUGUUUUAUCUUUUUGCUACUUGGAGUGGAAAGUAUGGUUCACAUUUUAGCUUAGGAGAUAGGAAGAACAUUAAGGAGGAACCUAUCUCUGAUUUUGAGUUUUCUGCUCUACAAGCUAUGUCUGCAGUUUUAUGUUGUGGUCCGUGUUUCGACCCGCAAGGCCUCGGAGAAGAAGGUCCAUUUUAUGCAUGGUUAAAUAGCUUGUUGAAUUCUAAAGUGGAUAAAAUUUAUCAAUUAGGACAAGAAACAGUCGUACUACUUUUGGAAUUUAAUUCAGAUUGUGGAGCAUUACUUGACUGGCUUGUAGAUUGUUGCUACACUGGUGAAGUUCAAAUGGCUGAUGGUUGUUUCAAUGCUCUUGCAACCAUUUUUAGUGUAAGAGAAUAUCCAUGCGAUCAUUACAUGGCUAUAAUAAAUGUAACGUUACUGAACACAGGUUGUCCCAGAAGUAAAAUUCAAGAAACAGCCUUUCAGCUUUUACAGAUUUUAGAUCAUAGAUUUUUUGGUGCUUGUACAUCAAUAUCAGUUGAUGGGGAGACUGAUGCUGUAAAUAGAAAUGUUGUGCUAAGGAAGAAGCCUGCUCAAUUUUAUGAUGCACUGUUUUCUUCUGGUUACCCUUGCUCACAGAUGCAGCUUUCACAUCAUCUAGCUCAAUUGCAUCCGGAAUUGACGAUGCCUAUUUUCUCUGAGAUCACAUACCGACUUCAAACUGCUCGACCGCCUGUUAGACAAAAUCUAUUGCAAUAUGUUUUACCUUGGCUGUAUAACAUGGAAUUAGUAGAUCCUAACAUCAAUCACUGCAGUCCUUUGUCCCAUUUAAAUCGCAUACAAGAGUUCUGCUCCACUGAGACAUGUCAGAGCAUUGCUUUGGAGCGUAGAGAAGGUUGGGGAUCUGCAGAAGCUACUGAAAUGGUUCUGAAUAAUCUUUUUUAUAUAACUGCAAAAUUUGGUGAUGAUCAUUCUCAUGAAAUCGAAGACUUGUGGGCAUCUUUAUGCAAGUGUUGGCCAAAUAAUUUAAAAGUUAUAAUUCGUUAUCUGUUUAUUAUUACAGGACUUGCACCCAAUGAAUUAUUAGUUCACGCAAAGCGGGUUGUAUUGUUUAUGGCAAAAGCCAGACCUGAAAAGCUUUUGGAUGAAAUGAUGGCUGAUAUGCAGACAGUAGAGACUUUAAAUUGCCUUAUUGAAAGAACUGAAACUCCACCCUUUUUCAGAGUUACAAGUAUUCGAAAAGAAAGUAGCCAUUCAGAUGAUGGCGGAUCAAGUUCCCAACCAGAUGCCCCUCGUAGUGAGGUCACUCUGGAAAGAGGAACUCUUCAUACUAAACGCCAUAGUACUGAAAGUGGUUGUGAGAAAGACAGUCAAAUUCGUAAGGAUGCCUGUUACUCUGAGCCAGUUCAAAAUUCAUGCAGUGGAGUGAAUCAGCCAAAAAGUAAUCCAGGGCCAUCUUCUUUGACUGCUAGUGAUGAUGGGCAAAAUACCAUCAUUUCUUCAGUGGAAGAAGAUAAUUUUCUGCUGCUGUGUCAUGUCCCACCUGAAGAUAAUAUCAAACCAGAAACUCCCCAACCACAUCCAUUACCUAUGCCCGAAUUUGGCGGUUAUUACGCUCCAUUAACUGAGUUUUUACCUGAUAGCUCACAACCUGUAACUGGAUUUCACAGAUGCAAUUUGGCAGUUAUGUUAUUGGUAGAUGUUUUAGAUGGUAUAAGCAUUGAUUGGUCCCCUCAUGUUCCUUUAAUGCUGCACAUAAUAUUUCUCGGUUUGGAUAAUACUCGCGCACUUGUGCAUGAACAUUGUAAAACACUUCUUCUGAAGUUGCUUAUUGUUUUAACAAAGCACGAGGACCAUUUAGGAGUUGCUAGAAUACUUUUAAAUAACAAAACCAGAGAAUUAGGGUAUGGUUUACCUCUCCAAACAUUUGCAUCAAAAAUAAAUUUUACCGAACAAAAAUUGUUUGAAGAGAUCAUCCAAAAGGAAACUAUGAACCAUAAGAGAUCAUCUGUAGAGGAUACUGAAUCAACUUCUAGCAAGGAGCAAGAUAGUGGAUCUUGUGAGACAUUGGCUAUUGAAGAAACUGCAAUUAAUCAUAUUUUUGAGAUGAAUAAAAUAGCUCCCAAUGUGGAAGAUACCAUCAAGUCAUUAAUAGAUUAUUUAGCAUCUAAAAAAGGAAAUGCCUUAUGGAGUUAUGAGGAUAUUACUUCAAAAGUAUGGUCUGUUAAAAGUGCUGAGCAAUUAUCCUCCUUUUUGCAGCAUGUUCUUUAUGUAUUUAGAGAAUCAAUUCCAAUGGCUCACGUUCAAGAUCGAUGGGCUCAAAUAGCCCUUCAACUAGCCCUAUCAUGUUCAUCGCGUCACUAUGCUGGACGUUCUUUGCAAAUAUUCCGUGCUUUAAAAGUUCCAUUGAAUGCUCGUAUGUUGUCUGACAUUCUUUCUCGUCUUGUAGAGACUGUUACUGAACAAGGUGAAGAUAUGCAGGGUUAUGUAACUGAACUAAUGAUUACUUUGGAAGAGGCUAUUGAUUCUUUAGAUUCUGCAUCAAAAAUUAGUGAUAUAAUGAGAGACUUCUUUAAAUCCACUCCCAAUUUAAAUAAGGAAAGCAAUAGAAAAAGUGCACCUCCUAUUACUGUUACUCACCCAGGACAUUCUUCUGGCUCUAGCAAUCCUCUUCCAAUUUCUGUAAAUCAUCAGCGAAGUACCUCUUAUUCAGGUAGAAAAUAUCCGGAUUCUCCGACAAUUGAAAUUAAAGACAUCCGUAAUCGGAGUAAUACAGAUAUCGAUGUGCGAUUGAAAGCAAAUAACUUGGGUAGAUCUAGAAGUGCCCAGUCUCUUAAAAUGGCAGAUGAACAAUUUUCACAAGAAGACAGAAUGGCUUUAUUAGCUCAGUUCUUUUGGAUUGCUGUGUCUCUUUUAGAGUCUGAUUAUGAAUAUGAGUUUUUAUUAGCCACAAGACUUUUAGAAAAAGUAAUGACAAAAUUACCUUUGGAACGAACUGAUUGCCAAGAGAAGUUAGAAAAAAUACAGAUGCAAAUUAAGUGGUCUAAUUUUCCUGGUGUGCAUGCCUUGCUACUGAAAGGAUGUGCAUCUCCCAAUACAUUUGAUGCAACAAUAAAGAUAAUAACACAGUUUACAGCACUGUUAGACAUUCCUGUUGUUGACCCAUCUGAAUCAUUAGCAUUUCCAUUCCAUGUAAUGGCCUUGUUGCCAUACUUGCUAUUAAACUAUGAUGAUCCAAAUACUCUGUGUAUAAAAAGUGCUGAAAAUAUUGCUCAAGUUUGCAUGGAAAAAUCAAAGAAAUUAGAAAAUUUGGCUACUGUUAUGAUGCUCUAUAGCCGUCGAUCUUUUAGCAAAGAGAGCUUUCAGUGGACCAAAUGUGUAGUAAAAUAUUUAUAUGAUGCUUAUUGCCACGUGUUUCUAACACUCAUUACCUUCUUAGUCGAAAUUCUUGAAAAAGGUUCUCAAAACUUAAUUCCCCAUGUUUUGGGUAUUUUGUACUGUGUUUUACAUUAUUUAGAUGUUACAUGUUCAGUGCAAGCAAUAAAUUCUGAUUUGUUGAGGGUUAUCUCCAGAUACAUUGAAGGACCUCAGUGGAAAGAUGCAUUGAAAAUAUUGAAACUUGUUGUCACUCGAUCAUCAACUCUUGCCGCUCCUCCCGCCCCUUUCAGUAUUGGAUCAUCUGCUGCUGAUUGUGUCAGCAUCGCAUCAAAUACAUCUUUUGUAGAUUCAGAGUUUGGCAGUAAGAGAGAAUUACCUGGGAGAACAAUGGAAUUUACUAUUGAUUUAUCUCAAACUCCUGUUGUUGGGCAACGCUAUCUUCUGAAAGAUAGUCCAAAAGAUGGAGAGAAAGAAGGAUCAAGUGCAUCCCCUAGAAGAAGUUUGUCUCAUAACCAUUCAUUCACAGAAAAUGGUUCUGUCGGUUGGAAACGGCCUUGGCUGUCCCAAGCUCGAACAAGAGAGCAUCUCAUUGGCCUGCUUACUAGCUGUGGCCAAAGAGUAGGUCUUCCCAAGAGUCCAUCAGUUAUAUUUAGUCAGAAUAGCGAUAUCAUUGAACAUCAAUCUUCAAUGUGCAGUAGCACUGAAGAGAUAUCUGCUACCAAUAAUGAGUCUGCUGAUAGCAAGCUAGAAGAUGGUCAUGCUGAUCAUGCCCAGUUUGGUGUUUUCAAAGAUUUCGAUUUCUUAGAAUACGAAUUAGAAAGUCAAGAAGGAGAGAGUAUGGAUAAUUUCAACUGGGGUGUGCGUAGGCGUUCAUUGACUAACUAUGAUGGAAGUACAGAUGAUGUUUCAAAACCUAAACUCAAUUUGUCAAUGAGUAAUUCCACUUUGAGCCCCCGUAAAGAAGAAUCAUCUGAUGAUGAAAUAGGAAGUGUUUCUCCACUUGAUGAUGUUCAUCCUGAUAUGCCCAGUAGUAGCAGUGGCUAUGUAUUUCCACCAAGUUCUCUUCCUUUGUCUGAACACAGAAGAAGACCAAUAAGUCCAGCUUCUGUAUCAACUCACAGUUUAGCUAGUGAUGGAGAUUUAACUCUAAGCAACACAUCGCCUAGCUUCUCGCCAUUAGCUGCUAUCCACUUACCUCCUGGAUCAGAAGAUAUUGAAGAUAUGUGGAGAGCUCAUUUGCACGAUUUGAUGUCUGAUGGAACUGGAACUGUAGCCUCUAACACCUAUCAAAUUCUCUCUCGCUUAUUUAAAGAAAUGUUCAGGAGAGUUACAAGAUUGACCAGAGAGUGCUGUCAAAUGAUAUCUCACAUGGAUGGUUUCCGAGGGGUCGCAUCUCAUUUCUUAACUAUGCUGGAUGUGCUUAUCAGUCAGGUGGAAUGUCCUUUUAUUUAUAUCGAUCCUGAAGUUAUGCAACUGGUUGAAAGGCACAAAUUUUGUGUCCUUGAGAUACAAGAGCACUGGGAAACCUUCCUUGAAAAGCAAGAGCAUACCAUGGAAUGUAUGGAUGCUAUGAAAUCUGCACUUAAACUGGAACAGUUAGGGGAACCUAUUCCAGAUGGUUCCAUUGAAGAACAUCGAAUUGAUCUUUGUAGGUGUCUCUAUAAGCUACACUUUCAGUUACUUCUAUUACUAGAAAGUUAUGUUAAAUUAUUAUCUUUACUGACAGGAAGAGUUCAACAAGUACAUAUCGUUGAUCUUUCUCAAGACAUAACUUCUGUUAAGAAUGAUGUCGUACGAGCAGUCGAAGACACAGAAAGUGACAGAUUAUCUCCAACUGAACAAACUGACAUUUCCUCGCUUUCUCAACAUGAGGCAGAAACGAUCUUUUUGGAGUUGGUUCACACACGAAAGUGGGGAAAAGCAAUUCGGCAUUUGCAUUGCUAUCGUACCAUGUUUCCAGGCUCUUUGUUUGGACACUCUGAAGAAGAUGAUGUUGAUGUUAUUCUUGGGAUUUAUGCUAAACAUCUGUGUGAGAAUAGAACUGGAUAUUUCAUGAUGUCCCAAGAGGAACACGACAUAGCUCAUGUAUGUCGUCAACUUAUGGACAUAAGUCUCCAACUGUCGUCAGUUUUGCAUAAUCUUGAGCACUCACAUCAAGAUCGUCAACAAGACUCUUCAUUUCGAAGAUCAGAAUGUUGAAACAUUAGCUCUUAAUGUAACCCAUUUACAAUGAUUAAGACUAGCACAUAUUUUGAAUGUAUUUAUUAACUUGCUAUCCACUUUCGUUGCUUACUUAGGUUAAAUGAAAGCUUAAUAUUGAAAUUAGUUAGAAAAAAUAUUUUAGUUGACUUGGUAAACUAUUAAUAGGAUCACUGAACUUUAUUGUGAGUUGUUCAUUGAACAUUUUAUAAAUUUAAAAUUGAUAAAAUAAAGAGAAAAUUUCCAUAUCAAUACCCACACCAAAUUUAAGGCAGUGUGCAUUGGAAAAAUAAGUCACCUGUCAGCAAGCUACUGUUUAUCGGUAUAUUUUAAUUAGUUCCAAGUUCCAGAAUUGAAAGUGACAUUUAGGGAUUGCUGUUGAUAUAUGGAAAUAUUCUCAUAAUUAAAGUACUCACAACUCUAAAGAAUUUUUUUCUACUGCUUAAUGAACCAUGUGUUCAAUCGUCCAAUUUAUUAGUUAAACCGCAUCUAUAUAUGUACAUUUGACAGAUCUUUUUUAUAUGACUUCUGUUGUUUAUUUAUUUUUUUACUUACAUUGCGUGUAAUGGCUUCGAACUUCAUAUUUAACUUUACUGUAGUUUUUGCAGGACUUAGUUGUUUUAAACUUUAACAAGUUGUACUGAAAUUGGAGGCAUAUGCAAGGACGAAUUAAACUUAGUCUGCGGCAUGUAAUUUCCGUUUAACAAUUGCAGCUUUUGAUUUAUAAUCCUAAUAGUUAGGAUUGUCACACUUACAGUUAUAAUUGUCAUGACCACUGCUCUUGAUUUCACUUUCUAAGAAGGUAUAUUUCUAUGUUAAAUAACAAAAUCUUCAUGGAUAAAUAUUCUUUAGGUGUUCACUUAAUUACCUUUUUCUGUGCACAUAUCAAUUUUACAGGAACUAACCCUUUAAAUUUAUCAAAUUUGCAUCUUGAUAUAUAGCAAUAUUUAAUGUUUUUUCAAUUGCUUUUCAUGUUAUUUUUUUUAUUAUAAUUUGAUUUAAUAACUUCAAGGAACUGUAAAACAUACUUAAAAAGUGUUAAAUGGAGUAUAUGGAGAAAUAACACUUAAAAAGCAUUUACAGUCAUAUAUUACAUGAUUAGAAUUUUAAUCAAAUAAAAUUAGCAAAUCAUAGAACAAAACUGAAUUUAAAAAGAGUAAAAAAUUAUUCAGUCACUUGAAGUAAUUAGCUGCUUACAAGCUUAAAAAUCAAUUUUCUUAAAAGUAGAAGAUAAAGAAAAAGUUACAAACUUACACUUUAAUUAACUAAACACAUAAGUUUAAAUGUAGACCAUAAUUUUAGUAGAACACCAUUAAGCUAAAACUCAACUGUAUUAUGAAAUGGAGGAAAAAAACUGUUCUCUCUUUAUUUCAAAAGUUGUUCAUUAAAUAAUUUCAUGCGUUCUUUGUAUCGAUUCCUCAAGUAUAUAGGUUUGUCUUCCAUAAUACUGUUCCUAAAACAUUUGCCAAAGUUUUUUUCUUAUCAUGUGUGAUCCAAUUUUAUUUCAUUUCUGGAUUUUUCUUGCAUUGUUAAAACAUGUAAAAAUUACAAUCAGGAAAAUGUGAGCUUGUAGUAAUGCCAUCAUGGGUAACAAUCAUGUCAAUUCUGUCUUUUUUAAACAUUCAUUGUAAUAAGUAUUGGCAUGAGUUAGAACAUGUAAUGAUAUAUACUUAAUUACUCUAUGUUUUGUUCUUAAUUAUGCAAUAAUUUGAUUUAAAUGCAGAAAAAAAACAAUGAUGCGAGUUCAUUUUGUUUUAACUUAAUUAAAGGGGCAUGAAACUCAUUUUGUCCCAAUUCCUCUUCCUACAAUAUUAAAAUAUUUUGUAUGGUUUGUACGCUUCUGAAACUUUUUAGAAUUUCAAGUUAGUCAAAAACAUAGGGAAUGUAAAAUCUGUUGUUGAAAACUUGGAAAAAAGUUUAUAAUCUGUAGUAAAAGUUGAUAAUCUCUAACUUUUUUUUUUAGAAAUUUUUUUUAAAUAAAUAAAUCUACAUGAAUAUUCUCAUAUAUCAUAACUAAUAUGCUAUGUUUUACAUGUAUUACUUUUUUAGACUUAUCAUUUUGAAAACACCUGGGGAAAGGUGAUAAUUUUCUUUUCAAGGAAAAUAAAUGUAAGCAAAUUAUCAGUUUUUAAAGAGCUUUUGUAAUCUUAUUUCUUGAAUUAUGUUCUGAUUUUUUUCUUCUAUGUAAUAAACUUAGACGAAUACUAAUAAACAAAUCAAUCAUGAAAUUAGAUAUCAAAAUGA